UGAAAACGUGUUCGCUGUUCUGAACUACGAUAGCGAAUAUGACUGGGAUAUUUAAACCAUUCCGUGGACUUUGAAGACUUUGGUAUCGCGAUUAAGCACGGAAUUUCGUGUGCUCAUUCGCCCUACAUUUUCCGCUGUAGCCUGGAGGAACGAUUGUGCAGCGACAUUACACAAGAUCCGAAUGACAACGAGCUUGAUGCAAAUCACGAGGAAUGAGAAAACUAGGCAACCUCGGUGUGGUUUCGAAAAGUAGUUCCUGUGGGUGAACGCACGGAUGUUUUAUUGUUGUCACCUGUUGUGCUUUCGUUUAAUGAAACUUAUGUGGGUUUGUUCUUCAUGAGAUGCAUUGGAGUGACACUUCGGAGCGCGUGGGCGCAGGACUUGUGCAUUCCAGUAGUAUCAAAGACAAGUUGGACGCAUCUCCCUGUUAGUUGUCAACAAGGGUUAAACUGUAGCCUAUCUACCCUGCUUUUCCUCCCUACCCAACUCAUUGGGUGGGACCUGAGAGAAAGACAAGACUCUCCAGCAAAUCAGGAGCUAAUUGAUUAAAGAAACUUCAUUUGAAUAGGAGGCUGGCGAGGUGCCAUAGAGUCCCUGUAUGAUUCAUCCAAAGCAUUAUUGAUAAUCAUAAUUAUAGCAGACCAAAUGCGUGGUGGAUGGCCUCUAUUUCCGUAAUUUUGAGAAGAUUUUUUUUUUUUUAUAGCAAUAUCUUAUUCUGCCGUGGCUGAUGUGUGAGCCAGCAUGUCACGGAGGAAACAAGCGAAGCCGCAGCAUUUUCAGUCGGACUCGCAUCUGGCCAUGUCCGAACACAAUGGGGUCCUGGAGCCCUGCUGGGAUAUGGCCACUAAAGACUCUAAUGCUCAUGUCUGUGGCAGAUGUUGCACAGAGUUCUUUGAACUGUCAGAUCUCGAACAACACCAGAAGAAUUGCACUAAGAAUCAAUUAAUCCUGACGGUUAAUGAAAAUCCAGCCUCCUAUUCCAAAACCUUCUCCCCUGGCUCCCCCUCUGAUAAUCCUGACGAGCAGAUGAAUAACACGGUUAAUAACACCAAUGAAGCGGAGCGCGUUGCCCUGUCUGAGCAGAGAGCACUUAAUGCCGAGCCAUCCAUGGAUGUGGAGCUUUCCGGAAAGCGCGGAGUCCACGGUGGCAGGAGUGACUGCACUAGAAGCAGCUCUGGUCCUGCGGUGGGAAUCUCAGCCAUUUCAACAUCUCUACCUCAGUUUGGUAACCUGACUGACCUGGGUGGCUUCUCAAUGAUCAACAGCAAUGUCAUCAUUGAAAAUUUAAGAAGCACCAAGGUGGCUGUGGCCCAGUUUUCCCAAGAGACUCGCACCACAGGGAACAGUAAAGUGGCAGUCCCUGCCCUCAUGGAGCAGCUCCUUGCCCUGCAGCAGCAGCAGAUCCACCAGCUUCAGCUCAUUGAACAGAUCCGUCACCAGAUCCUACUGCUGGCCUCUCAAAACCCUGAAGUGCCCGUGUCCCCCAGCUCCUCUGGCGCUGUGCCGGGGGCGGCUAGCCCGCUGACCACUCUCAGCUCCCAUCUCUCCCAGCAGCUCGCCGCUGCUGCGGGAUUGGCUCAGAGUCUCGCGAGUCAAUCCGCCAGCAUCAGCAGCCUGAGGCAGCUGACUGCAGCUGCCCGGCUACCUCUGAACCCCGGAGAUGGCAUCGUGCCGUCGGCCAGUGAAUCUCAGAGCAUCGACGGCCUGCCCGCUGAGAAGCGGCCCUCUCGGGUGGGUGGACUUCAACCCUCACUCAUGAAAAUCUCAGCACCAACUUUUGGAAUUGGUUUGCUGCACCCUGCAGCCAACUCACUCCUACCUCAACCCCCUGCAGGCAGCCCUGUGUUCUCCCACGCUCUGCCCGAUGUCGUCGCCACUGGGGAAGAUCUCACUUCCCUGGCUGCUCUGGCCCAGCAGAGGAACAAGCCAAACCACUUUGAACCCAAAAGCAGUUCGGAGGAUAUUUUCUUCAAACAUAAGUGCAGGUUUUGCGCCAAGGUGUUUGGUAGUGAUAGCGCCUUGCAGAUCCACCUGCGAUCGCACACUGGGGAGAGGCCAUACAAAUGCAACAUCUGUGGGAACCGUUUUUCCACUCGUGGGAAUCUGAAGGUCCAUUUCCAGCGACACAAAGAAAAAUAUCCCCAUGUCCACAUGAAUCCUUACCCUGUGCCAGAGCAUUUGGAUAAUAUACCAACCAGCACUGGCAUUCCAUACGGCAUGUCUAUGCCACCAGAAAAGCCAGUUACUAGUUGGCUGGAUAGCAAGCCAGUUCUUUCCACCUUGACCACUUCAGUGGGCAUGUUGCUGCCUCCAACAAUCCCCAGCCUGCCUCCUUUCAUUAAACAAGAGGAGAAUCAGUCAAUUGCGAUAACCGGCCCUUCUGGCUCUAUUAAAAUUGACUUGGGUGCAGUGGACUCAUCUUUAAAAUGUAAUGAUACUGUAUCGGAGGAGGGUAAAGGCAGCAUACUGCCUAUCUCAAAUGGCAAAACCAAGGAGACCAACCAACCUUUGGACAACUUUGUAAGUUGUAGCUCUGCCAGGGAGAGCGCUGCUGACUGUGCCUCAAGCAGCAGCCCCACAAUGAGCACCAGUCCCCUGCUGCCCCUCGUGUCUGAGGCCAGGUUUCCCUUUCUAGGGCUCAUUGAUCCGCUGCAGGUGUCGGAGACCUCCAAGCUACAGCAGCUGGUAGAAAACAUUGACAGGAAUGUGACCGAUUCAAACAAAUGUGUCAUCUGCCACCGGGUGCUGAGCUGCCCCAGCGCCCUGAAAAUGCACUACCGCAUGCACAUGGGGGAGCGGCCCUUCCAGUGCAGAGUGUGCGACCGAGCGUUCACCACCAAGGGGAACCUCAAAACGCACUACAGUGUCCACCGGGCCAUGCCUCCACUCAGAGUGCAGCACUCCUGUCCCAUCUGCCAGAAGAAGUUCACCAACGCUGUCGUUCUCCAGCAGCACAUCCGGAUGCACAUGGGUGGACAGAUCCCAAACACUCCCCUCCCAGACAGUUACUCAGAGUCCAUGGGGUCUGACGCUGGCUCGUUUGAUGAAAGGAACUUUGAUGACUUGGAGAACUUUUCUGAUGAGAACAUGGAGGGUAUGGAGGACUUCCCAGACAGCAGCAUCCCAGAUAUGCCAAGGUCUGCCGACGCUUCCCAGGACAGCGUGAGCUCCUCCCCUAUGCCUGCCGCGAUGAUGGAGAUGCCCAGUUCAGACAAACUGGGCAAGAUGUCUAACCCGGGGCUAGCAGAGGACCUGCAGGCGAGCAGGCUGAAGAAUGGGUCCAUGGAGGGAGAUGACCUCACUAAUGACUCCUCCUCCUUUGGAGGGGACAUUGAGAGCCGAAGUACUGGAAGUCCACCUAUGUCUGAAUCUACCUCUUCUGUGCUGGCCCCCUCCCCCUCCUGGAGUGUGCCAAUGCCCCACAAGUCCCCUAACUUUGACAGGCAGCAUAAGGCUUUCUCCCUGGACCACUGCCGUGACAGUCUCAUGCAGCCAUCUUCUGCCGCCCCCGGAGCCGUCGAGCUGCCAGACCCUCUGGGCGUGCUGUUCCUCCUCCGGGAUCGAGGCGCUGUCAAGAACACGGCCUGCGAUAUCUGCGGCAAAACGUUUGCCUGUCAGAGUGCCUUGGACAUUCAUUACCGAAGCCAUACCAAAGAGAGACCGUUUAUUUGCACUGCUUGUAACCGGGGCUUUUCGACUAAGGGCAACCUUAAGCAGCACGUGCUCACCCACCAGAUGCGAGACCUGCCGUCCCAACUCUUCGAGCCAUCCAGCCUGGCAUCUAGCCCCAGCCCCUCUCUCUUAUCAGUGAGCUCCAUGUCCUCUGUAGUAAAGACUGAAUCCAAAUGUUUCCUGCCUGGCUCCUACCAGGACUACAAGGACCCCAGCCUGGCCACCUCUACAGCUGCUGCUUCAUGCCUAGCCUCUGCCGCCAUGCCUCGUCGGACGCACAAACAGCACUUCUGCAGCACGUGCGGGAAGACCUUCUCAUCCUCCAGUGCCCUGCAGAUCCAUGAGAGGACCCACACAGGAGAGAAGCCCUUCUCCUGUAGCAUCUGCGGCCGGGCAUUCACCACCAAAGGCAAUCUUAAGGUCCACAUGGGAACACACAUGUGGACCAGUGUUCCAGCCAGGCGGGGCCGCAGACUGUGUGUGGAUGGCCCUGUGGCUUUCCUGGGCACCAACACCGUCAAAUUCCCCGAGAUCUUCCAGAAGGACUUGGCAGCCCGAGUGGGCAACGUGGACCCGACCAGCUUGUGGAACCAGUACGCGGCCGCCUUCUCCAACGGCCAGGCCAUGAAGACCAAUGAGAUCUCGGUCAUCCAGAACGGGGGACUUCCCCCGCUCUCAGGAAGCGGGGGAAGCGGGGGCAGCUCGCCCAUCACUGGCCUGACCGGCAGCCUGGAGAAGCUGCACAGCACAGAGCCUAACGCCUCCCUCGCCGGACUGGACAACCGGGCUGACGUCGAGAAAGACACUCGCUUCCACUUCACACGAUUCAUUGAGGACAACAAGGAAAUUGUUACCAACUAGUGUAGCUAAAAUUUCCCUCGGGAUGAAUAAAGUAUCUAUCUAUCUAUCUAUCUAGCCUCCCAAACCACUCAACCAUGAAGGAAUGGGAAAGGAGCAGAAGAUCUGGCUCACUUUUUAAACUUUAAAAAUUAAAGUGUUGUUUUUUUUCUUCCUUUUUUGUACAAUGUACAACCUGUGAUAGUUUUAUGGAGUUUAUUUAUUAGUGAUGAUGUCCUUGCUUGAAAUCAAGUGGAAGCAUUAACACUUUGUCUAGUUUUCUGAUUUGGCCAGAAUGGAUUUGGAUGCUUGAGUAUGUGCUCCUGGGACUUAAUGUCAAGAAAGUAAAUUAUUUUAUAUUAGUAGGACGCAUAACCUAGCCAUUGGCACCCAUGUAAUGCGUUAGGUCUGAAUAAAUCCAAGAAAAGGCUGUAAAAUGCACACAGUUAUGCUCUAGACACCCACCACCUGUAUGUAAUUUCUAAACAAUGGUAAAAUAUUGACACAGAAGAUACCUUGAUACAGAAGAUGCCUUUUGUGCUUGAAGUCUUUCUUGUUUCGUUUUUUCUUGUUAAUGGCUAUUUUACUCCUUUUGUAUAAUUAACCCAUUCUGCUCUGAAAUUGGUUUUAUACUGCUGCACUUAUGUUCUUUUGUGUUUUGUCAUUUGUUUUUGGAGGUCAAAGCAACAGUUUGAAGUUAAUGUGCUGGAUUUCCCCAUUGCUGCUAUGUCUGGCAUCUUUGUUGACAUCAUAUGCAAAAAAUGUUUCGAUGCUUGUGUAAAUAAUGUCAGGUGUGGUAUAAUUAAAUUGCAUUUCAACAAAUGCAUAUAUAUCCUUCACUCGACAAGAGCUCAUCCUGUCCAGGGGAAAAUGAA